GUUAUCAAGAGGUGACAGUGGUAUAGAUAUGUUUGGCAAUCAUAAUCAUUACUUAUUAUUGUUUCAAUGCAAAGAUCUUACUAACAAAGUCGAAGUUGAUUAUAUCCAAAGUGUUAUAUCAAGGUUUGAUAAGCAAACAACAAUCAGAAUUUACGUUAUAUCAGCAAAGGAUGAUUAUUCAAGCGGUGCUAUGGGAAGAACCAAAUCAUCAGAAUACCAUUUAUUAUUGACCAACAUGCAUGAUCUGUGUCAGGACAUUCCCAAAUACUUGUCUAAAGUAUUAAAAGAUAAUUCUGUUAGGGAAAAAAUUUAUAGGAUAGAAGAAAAGAUAGAUGAGAUAAUUGAGAUACUUGAACGUCAGGAGAAGUUUAUACAUAAAAUUAAAAAUGAUCGAAUCAAAAUUGAAAAUAAGCAAAUUAAGGUGGAAAAAAAUCAAAUUAGAAUAGAGUCAUCUACUGAUGUGGCAACUCCCGAUGAUACAUUUGAGGACAUAUUUAAAAACUUUGGGUUUUAUUCGAUUCGGUCUAUUGAAGAUUUUGGCAGAAAUAAGGUCAUGUGA